AUGUCGCCAGAUAUUAAAGAUCCAAUACAAUCAAGAGUAAUAUCAGCAGCCGAUCGCGAACAAUUAUCAGCAGUAUUCAAUCGUUAUGCACAUCAUGAACAUCUUGGUGAACGUUAUAUAACACCGCAUGAAUUUUUACAAGAUUAUUUGGGCUAUUUGAGAGGCGAUAAUAUAGAUCCAACAACACUCGAUAUACUUUCAGCAUUAGUUGAUUUGAAUAAAGAUCAAAAAAUUACAAUAACAGAAUUUAUUAAUUUUGAAUCAUUAUUAUUAGCAUCAGAUUCUUUAUAUCGUAUAGCUUUUCAAUUAUUUGAUCGUCAUGGUCAAGGUUUUAUUACAUUUAAUGAUUUUCAAUAUAUUAUUUCAGCAACAAAACAAUUUAAAGAAUUUCCUUUUAAUUUUGAUUCGGAAUUUGUUUCAACACAUUUUGGUGCUAAACGACAAGGAAAAAUAACAUAUAAAGAAUUUACACAAAUUUUACUUGAUUUUAUUGAUGAACAAACAUCACAAACAUUUCGAAAAUUUGAUAAAGGAAAUGUAGGUUAUAUAUCAUUAAAAAGUUUUGAAGUUAUUCUUAAAGAAUUACGACAAUAUCAGGCAGCAGAAUUUAUAUCAACGCAUUUAAAUGAUAUUGUUAAAUUAUCAUGUUCAACAGUAUCACCUAAUCAAAUUUCAUAUCCAUAUUUUACAGCUUUUCUACAAGUCUUAUCAAAUAUUGAAUCGAUGAGAAAAAUUUAUUUGGCAGUACGUGAAAAAAAAUCACAUACAUAUAGAUCAUCAAUAAUAACAAAAGAAGAAUUUUUAACUGAAGCUCAACAUUUUCCACGUACAACACCAUUACAAAUUGAUAUUUUAUUUGCUAUGACACAUUUAUUACAUAAAACACAUUCAGGACAUGACAUUGAUAAAGAAUAUAUUGAAUUAAAUGAUUUUGAUUUAAUAUCAGCUAAUGAACAUUUAUUACCAUAUCGAUUACGAUCUGAAAUUGUUGAUGAACAUUAUAAAGUUGAACAUCAAAGUAUUUUGUUGAAAGUUCUUGAAAGUGGCUAUCGUUUUGCGCUUGGAAGUAUUGCUGGUGCUGUUGGUGCAACAGCUGUUUAUCCGAUUGAUCUUGUUAAAACUCGUAUGCAAAAUCAACGAAGUACUAGUAUUGUUGGUGAACGUCUUUAUCGAAAUUCAAUUGAUUGUUUUAAAAAAGUUAUUCGAUAUGAAGGUGUUUUUGGUUUAUAUCGAGGUUUAAUUCCUCAAUUAGUUGGUGUUGCACCAGAAAAAGCGAUUAAAUUAACAGUUAAUGAUUUUAUUCGUGAUCGUUUGACAUUAGAUGAUGGAACAAUUCCUCUAUGGGCUGAGAUUAUGGCUGGCGGAUGUGCCGGUGCAUCUCAAGUUACAUUUACGAAUCCAUUAGAAAUCGUUAAAAUUCGUUUACAAGUUGCUGGUGAACUUCAAUCAGUUCGUCGACCUGCUGCAAGUGAAGUUGUACGUGAACUUGGUCUUCGUGGUUUAUAUAAAGGCGCUCGUGCAUGUUUUCUACGCGAUAUCCCAUUUUCUGCUAUUUAUUUUCCAGCAUAUUCUCAUACAAAAAAACAGUUUGCUGAUGAACAUGGUUAUAAUGAUCCAAAAAGUUUAUUUAUAUCUGGUUUACUUGCUGGUAUACCAGCAGCUGGUCUUUGUACACCAGCUGAUGUUGUUAAAACACGUUUACAAGUUCAAGCACGAAAAGGACAAACGAAAUAUGAUGGUUUAAUUGAUGCGUUUAAAAAAAUCUAUGCUGAAGAAGGAUGGAGAGCACUUUGGAAAGGUGCUGGCGCACGUAUGCUUCGUUCAUCACCACAAUUUGGUUUUACAUUGCUUACAUAUGAACUUCUUCAACGUUCAUUUAAUAUCGAUUUUCAAGGUAGAAAAUUAGAAGGAUCGAAACAUGUUGAUCAACAACAAUAUUCAGCAAAAACACGUUCAUCAAUUUUACAUUCAACGAAUCCAGAUCAUAUUGGUGGAUUUCAUUUAGCUGAAGCAACAUUUGAAGGGAUUGAAACACGUUUUGGUUUAGCUUUUCCAAAAUACAAAACAACAAAUUCAAAUGAGCCUCCUUCAGUUAUACCACCAUUGACCUCGUUACUUGGUGUACCUGUUCCUCAACUUGCUAGUCCAAAAUAG